AUGGGUGACGCGAGCUCCAACGAGGGGAUGCGCUCCCUCUGCGGCUCUGUCGAAGAGGAGUACCCGGGAACCCACGUGCUCUGCGCCUCGACUGCGGACGGAGCGGCGUCCAUGAAGAUGAGGCUGGACGACCAGAUCGCCGCCUUCGCCGCCGAGGCGAGCCCGGCGCCGCAGCGGCGGGACCGUCCCAGCCCUCACCCGGGCGUGGCUGGCUCGCACGGCUUCAACGCGGUGGGCCUGUCCCAAGGAGGGCUCGUGCUGCGCGGCUACCUCGAGCGCGGCUCGGGCCCUCCGAUCGGCCGCCUCGUCACCGUCUCGACACCGCACGCCGGCAUCGGCGCCUGCCCGGAGGGAGCAGUCUGGGCGCUGCUCUGCCUCGUCUUCAAGCUCGACCCGUACGGCUCCCCGACCGUCUUCUCGGACUACUGGAAGGACGUGUCGGGCGGCAGAGAGGCGUACCUCUCCCGCUCCCGCUGGCUGGCCGACGCAAACAACGAGCGCGACAGCGGCGCCAGCACAUCUGCAGCCAUGGCCCGGCGGCGCGCCGCGAUGCAGCGCCUCGAGGCGUACGUGCUUGUGCACGCGCUCAACGACACGCGCGUGGUGCCUCGGGAGAGCUCGACGCACGCCUUCUGGGCGUGGGGCGGCAAGGGCGGCCCGGUCGUGCCGAUGCGGCAGAGUGCCGAGUACCGCAACGACUCGCUCGGCCUGCGCAGCCUGGACGAGGCGGGCAGGCUGCACACGCUGCCCUUCCUCGGCGACCACCUCGACUUCGAGCCCGCCUUUUGGCGCGAGCGCGUCCUCUCGUGGCUCUGA